UGACUCUCCCCCGUCUUCUUCUGAGGGCUAAAAGCCAUCAAUAAAAAAUCUUCAGAAGCUGUCACCUGGGAAAGUUUGGGAAGAUGCAGCCACUCCUGCUCCUGUUGGCCUUCUUUCUAUUCCCCAUGACAAGGGCAGGGGAGAUCAUCGGGGGACACGAAGCCAAAGCCCACUCCCGCCCCUAUAUGGCCUACCUUGAGUUCCAGUAUAAUACUUCUCUAGUGAUGUGUGGUGGCUUCCUGAUACAUGAGAACUUUGUGCUGACAGCUGCUCACUGUAUGGAAAGACCUUUGAACAUACAAGGAUCACAAAUAACUGUCACUCUGGGAGCCCACAACAUUGAGCAGAGGGAGAAGACCCAGCAGGUCAUACAUGUGAAAAGGAGCAUCCCACACCCACAGUACAAUCCUGAAAAAAUCACCAAUGACAUCAUGCUGCUGCAGCUGGAAGAAAAGGCCAAGGAGACUAAAGAGGUGCAGAUUAUAAAGCCCAAGAAAGAAUCUUGGGUGAAGCCAGGUACUGUGUGCCAAGUGGCUGGAUGGGGACUUUUGGACCUCAAUGGGAAAUUUCCAAACACACUGCAGGAGGUGGAGAUGACAGUGCAAAAGGAUGAGGAGUGCAAGAAACACUUUCACAACUAUGACAGUGAAACUCAGAUCUGUGCUGGGGACCCAGACACUGAAAAAGGCUCCUAUGAGGGUGACUCUGGAGGCCCCUUAUUGUGUAAUAACGUGGUUCAGGCCAUUGUCUCCUAUGGAAGUUGUGAGAUAAAUCCACAAGUCUACACCAAACUCUCACCUUAUGUAGCCUGGAUAGAGAAAACUAUGAAAGAGCACACACUGCAAGCAGCAAAUGAAGACCACUCUCUGAGCAGCCAUGUUUCCUAG